AUGGCUCUAGCGCCAUGGCUUGCUGAUAUCCUUGCUGCAAAGCAGCUGGAGUCUUGUGCGCUUCUUCAGGUAGAGGUGUCUGCCAGACAUGGGGGGAGCUUUCAGGCUCCUCAGUCAUGGUGGCGCUGGGUUGUUCUGAGCAUUAAUGAACAUGCAAGCCGUCUGGCCACGUCCUUAGACGGGAAGUACGGACACUUCGAUCUCGUCGCCGUAGACUUUUCCAUCCUUGCGUUGGGCUUUGCCCUCCUUGUCGGACUGCUCGACUUGGGCCGGAUCUCGGGGGCCUGGUCCUGUCUGCCGUCAGGCAACAUAGCCGUCAGGGCAUCGCAAGUCGUCUUCGUGGCCAGUGGCUGGCUGGUUGCAGUUACCAGCACUGCGAUUCUCACCGUGUCUAUCCCUCUGGGUUCUGCUCUUGGCUAUGGGGCCGCUUCAACCGGCUUAAUGGUCAGUUCAGUGCAGGUUGGAGGGCUGGUAGCCAACCUCACUCUCCACUGCCUUGUUCCUGAGAAGGUGCAGACGGGUGCAGACUUCGCAGCGACGCGCCGUUAUGUAUCUCUCAGCUUAUUCCUCAGCGCCAUCUCUCUCUUGGGCUUCGUGCUGGCGGUGUGUUCACCUCUUCGAGACUCGCCAAAACUGCUAUGGAACAGCCUAUUGGCUUUGCGGUUCCUAUCAGGAUAUUUCGGGAGCAAGGCACAGCUUGUGGCAAGUUGGCUGGCGCUGGAAAUGACGCCCAAAAACGAAGUCUUAAACCUACAAGCCGCCAGUCAAGCUGCUAGAAACCUGGGUUUGUUCGCUGGGGUGACUAUGUCAUCGAUAUCGCUGAUUGUUUUCCAGGAGAAGUUGAGCACGAGGGUCGAAGCACUUGGCCCAUGGCUCUGCGCCGCAUCUCCAAUCAUGUUCCAGACGGGGGCAGUGCUGCUCGUUUGGCUUGUCAUGGUGCUGAUGGUUCCCCACAGGCGACCAACGGGCGACUAUACAGAAAUGGCAAUCGAAAGCAGCCGUGCUGAAACGGCAAGCAACAGUUUAGAUGGCAUGGAGGUCACUCAGCGACGUCAACUAAUUCUGCUCGCUGUCGCAUACAGCUUCGAAAGGUCGUUUACCAUCACAGCGAUUGAGGGUGGAACUACAUUGAUUUCUCAGAACCAGUACGACAUCACGGCCGUCACAACUGGAUGGAUUUUCGGUUUGAUUUCGCUUGGCGCAUUCUGCCUCAAUGCCGUCGUUGCAGGAUGUUCGGUGUCCGAUGUUGAAGGACGCGCAUCUUUCAUGGCAGCUGGAACGUUUCUCAGCGUGUUCAUGUCCUUUGGCAUAUUCUCCUGGUGGCCGUGGUGGGUUAUCUAUGUUACCGACACCGUGAUGUUCACAUUUUGUAACACGGCUAAUGGCAUUGCGGAUGGUCUGGGAACCUUGGCAGCCAGCAACGACAGUGACUAUACCAAGGGCAAGUUCAUGCAGUGGAAGAUGAUGGCCAUGCAACUGGGUCGAGUCGUUGGUGCUCCCGUUGCACGGGGCAUCAUUGAUUCUCUUGGACGCAAUGCUUAUGGUUCCCUACAACUUAUGGUGACUCUUUGCGGUUUCUGGGGGACGUACAAGAUGCAGCGGAUCGUUCGCGAUCGAUGUCCAAAAGCCCCCUCAAAAUAA